AUAUUGUUAAUGAAAUUGGCAGCUUAGAUGAUGUGGUUACAAGCAUUAUCGAUCAAUUAUAUACAUUUGUGAUUACUGCAAUCAGUGCUAACAAUCAGGGUUCAAAAAAAAAAGUUUUCAAGAGGAGUAAAGGAAUUUUGUUAAUAGGAAAACCUGGCACAGGAAAAACAUCCUUAGCCUUACGUAUUGCGGAAACUUCUAGAUUGCCAUAUCUGAUAAUUAAUUGUCCUGAAAUAUUUAAAUCUGACGAAGGCAUAGUAGAAAAUAGGUUAUGUACAAUGUUUGAAUCAAUGAUGACGAUAAAUCCAGUUUCUAUUAUUAUAAUGGAUGAAAUAGAUAUAAUAUCUGAUAACUCUGCUAUUGUCAAUUCAGGUGUUGAAAUGAAAUUAUUUUCAGCUCUUAUAAAAAUUAUUGAUUCAAUUAAUGAAGAUAAUUAUUGUGAUGGACUUGAAAAAAAAGGACAGAUAUUUGUGAUAGGCACAACAAAUAGAUUUCAUGCCGUUAGUAAUAAAAUUUACCGUUCUGGUCGAUUAGAUCGUAUUUAUGAGUUAAAUAUAAAAACAUCUCAUCAAAGAUAUAAAAUAUUGGAAAUAAUUACAAAAAAAAUUCCAUUUGAAAAAGGAAAAAAAAAUUUAAUUUUAGAAAAAAUUAGUAAAACUACCCAUGGGUUUGUUGCAACAGAUUUACAAUAUUUGUGUAAACAAAUUCUUUCAGGUGCAAAAUUUUCAGUCGAUUUGAAUGAUUUUUAUGAAUCCUUAAAUAUAGUCAAACCUUCAAAUUUGAAUGAAUUCCAGACAAAGUUAUCAAUUAUAGAACCAUUUAAUGAUCCUAAUAAUGAAUUCUUUGAUUUUGGUAUUUCAGCACCAAAUGGGGUUUUAAUUUAUGGUCCACCUGGAGUAGGCAAAACUAUGUUAUGUUGCGCGAUAGCAUCUGAAAUUGAAAUAAAUUUUAUAUUAAUAGAGAGUUCACAAAUAAUAUCUAAAUUAGUUGGCGAAUCUGAAAAAAAUAUUUCAAAAAUAUUUUCAUAUGCAAAAUCCAAUUCACCUUGCAUUCUAUUUAUUGAUCAAUUUGAUAUAUUGGCACAAUCCCGUGGAAUAAAUUUUACCACUGAAAAUACAUCCGAAAGGAUUGUGACAAGUUUUUUAACAGAAAUGGAUGGAUUUUUCACUAAUAAAGCUGAAGACAAGUACAAAGUAUUAGUAAUUGCAGCUACAAAUCGACCUGAAGUUUUAGAUUUGGCUAUUUUAAGACCUGGGAGAUUAGAUCAACAUAUUUAUAUUCCGCCUCCCAAUAACAAGGUUCUAUUUAAUUAUAACUGUGUGAAAUUUUAA